AUGUAUGGCUCAGUCGAUGAUCCUGUCCUUGACCUUGCCAUGGACGACGCCGACCACGACGCCCGCGCCCUCUACGUCUCCAUCGAGGCUUUGUUCCAAGCUAACAAGGAACCGCGCACCGUCGUCCUCGGCCAAGAAUUCCACAGCAUGUUCCAGGGCGACCUCUUUGUCGACGCCUAUGCCCAGAAGAUGAAGCACACUGCGGAUGCCCUAUGGGAGGUCGGGCAUCCUGCCUCCAACCCGCAGCUUGUGCUCAACCUCCUGCGUGGUCUCAACCUCCGCUUCACCAACAUCGCCGACAUCAUCACCAACACGUCGCCGCUCCCCGACUUCCGGUCCGUCACCAACAUGCUUCGUGUCAAGGAGCUACGCCUUGGCAAUGAGGGCAAGGAGGCUUCCACCUCAGCCAUUGCAGCCAGCAGCAUCUGCUCUUGCAUGUCGCCCUCCUGCCUAUCCACCUCCUCUGCCUCCAAUCGUGGCGGCGGUGGCAAGGGCAAGGGCAGUAAAGGCAAAGGAGGGCGCAGCGGUAACAGCAGCGGCGGGCGACGCAACCAGUAG